AGUGCUGUCAGGACCGCAGGGGGCCGGAUGGGGGAGCGCGGUCCACGGCAGACGCGGCGCGUACGAUGUUAUCGUGGCACUGACUGUAGCCUAUAAAUACCGGGAGGCGCGCAGCCUACCUACCAACACUGGCAUUAAUCUAAACACGGCUUGAACUGCGAGGAAAGGCACUUACAUUAGGAUCCUACUACUGGGAUAAACGCCUCAAGUGAAACGGAAUAUAAACCGCUCGAGUUCUAGUCUAGUGUCGCUCGCCUGUGCGACGCACAGCACCAAUAAUAUGGUGAUCAAGGUUUACAUCGCCUCCUCCUCGGGAUCUGUGGCGGUGAAGAAACGUCAGCAAGCUGUGGUGGGGUUCCUGGAGGCCAACCGGAUCUCCUUCCAGGAGGUGGACAUCACCAAUGUGGAGGAGAGAAGGCUGUGGAUGUACCAACACAUCCCCCCGGAGAAACACCCAGACAAGGGCAACCCGCUUCCCCCACAGAUCUUCAACGGAGACUGCUACUGUGGGGACUAUGAGGACUUCUUCCAGUCCAAGGAGAACAACACUGUGUUUACAUUCCUAGGCCUCAGCUCACCGCCCUCAGUGAAGGAUUCCGAGUCGUAGGCAGUAGCGUGGGGAGUCGGAGGUCACAGAGCACAUCACUUCCUGUAUUACAUCACUUCACCUCUCCCGGAGAUCUCACCAUAAUGACGCCACCGUGUUGCCAAACACUCUGACCUCUCUGACCCCCCCCCCAA